UUAUUUUUCUUAAGUGAAGGGCAACAGUGAACCAUAAGUGAAAGUGCAUUGAGUACAACCGGUUGCAGGUUAGCAAGACCGCCAGUGAAGAGUUAAAAACUUCGACACAGUAGACUUGAGGAAAAAACGCCACACAAAAUGCAUUACAUGGCAAAGUGACGCAUUGCAGAGGACCCAGGUAAUGCAGCAGGGCGUGUGCCACCAAGUAAAAAGUGGGCGUGGAGGAGCAGCCCGGCACCUAUAUAUUGGCGGUCGAAGAGAGCACAGGCACAGUCAGCUUCGUACCGACUCCACAACACAACAUGAACGCCAAGAUCGCCAUCCUCCUCGCCCUCGUGGCCGUGGCCGUCGCCGACAGUGACGAGUUCAGAGGCUACCGCGCCCCCAGCUCCGAGGAGUCCUACGAGUCCUCCGAGGCCCAGUACAACUUCCAGUGGUCCGUGGACCACGACCCCUCCAGCAACGAGUACGGCCACCAGGAGGCCCGCGACGGUGACAACACCAAGGGCUCCUACUACGUGGAGCUUCCCGACGGUCGCGUCCAGAACGUUGCUUACUACGUCAACGGCGACUCUGGCUACAUCGCUGACGUCACCUACACCGGCUCCGCUGAGUCCUUCGAGUCCGACGAGUCCAACGAGUCCUUCCGUUACUACGGAUCCAACGAGUCCAAGUAAACGAUCGUUUCUAGUCCAACUCAGCAACACUCAAUUCUCAUGUUCUCUUUUUGUUUAUUUAUUUUCGUUGAAGAAUAUUUCAAGAUGUUAUAAUUUAUUCAAAUCAAAAUAAAAAUCCAUGUGACA